CACAAAGAGAUUCAAGUGGACAACUUUGGACCUUUGAAUGUUUACAUUCAGGGUAACAAAGAGAAGGCUGAAAUUGUGGUACUCACCGUUCAUGACAUUGGAUGCAACUAUAUGAUGUACAAUGAUUUUGUGGACCACCCUGCCAUGUCAAAGAUCACGAGCCGGACAUGUUGGGUCCAUGUCUGUGUCCCAGGCCAGGAGGAAAAUGCACAAGAUCUGCCUGCAAACUAUGUAUUUCCUACAAUGCAACAGAUGGGACAGUCCCUGAUCAACGUCAUUGACCAACUCAGCAUCAAAGAGGUUGUUUGUUUUGGUGAGGGCGCAGGGGCAAAUAUUCUGGCCAGGUUCGCUAUGGCUCAUCCCAAUCGUGUGUUGGGGAUUGUUCUGAUCCAUUGCACUGGAACAACUGCUGGUUUCCUUUCAUCCAUCAAAGACAAAGUCAUCCAGCUUCGUCUUGAACACAGCGGCAUGAACCCCUCAGCUGAGACAUACCUCGUCCUUCACAGAUUCGGUUCAAUUGAAGGGACCAGUAAUAAAGAAGAUCUGCAAUCCAUCAUUGACAAGUUCCAAGCCAGUCUAAAGGGUCUGAAUGUCAAGAACUUGAGAAAGUUUGUGGAUGCUUUCAUGAAGAGGACCAAUAUCAUGGACAGCUUGGAGAAACUUCAGAACAACAUUCUGAUCGUGACUGGGUCUCAGGCAAAGCAGAACAAGUCUGUCUACAACUUUCACCAGUCUCUCUUAAAGGUCUGCAAAGAUAAAACCAAAGUGGAGUUCCUACAGGUGGAGAACUGUGCCAAUGUACUUGAAGAAAGGCCGCAGAAACUGUGUGAGAGUUUCCUAUACUUUCUCCAGGGAUGUGGGAAAAUGGGUGCAGUGCCAAUGGUAAAUGUUGAUUCGAAACGCAUCAGGCAGAGGAGUAUCUCUAUGGAGGAUGCGGAUCGUCCCUUAAUGAGCUACGGAGGAAGUCCCCUUGCCAGGAGUCCUCUAUCUAACAGUCCUCCUACAAUGAAUAUGUCAAUAAGUCCACCUAA